AUGAAAGUUGUUGCGAUUGUGUUGUUUGUCGUCAAGUUUGGGAGUUGUGCCAAAAUUUUGGCUCAUUUUAUAAUGCCGUCGAUAAGCCACCAGUUCGUCUAUCAGAAAAUAUGGAAAGAAUUAAGUCUGCGAGGUCACGAGGUUACGGUGAUAACUCCGAACCCUUUAAAAGACGAAAACCCAUUGGCAAACCUCACAGAAAUUGACGUUAGUUUUUCUUACGUGCUCAUGAAGAAAGCCUUAGAAAAAAAUGCGAUUGAUAAUAUCACGCCUGACAUAGGAAGUGUAAUAAAGGAAAUAUUCAUUGAAUUCAUGCCGAGACUGUUCGACCUUCAAAUGAAAGAUCCCGAUGUUUCGCGUAUUUAUAAAAAUGUUAAUGGAGAAAAAUACGACCUGGUGAUUGUAGAACCACUUUAUCCAGUCGUGUACGGUUUAGCUGCAAAAUACGAUUGUCCUUCUGUGGGAGUAAUUUCUCUUAGCGGGUUUAAAAUAGUAGAAAGGUCUGUAGGAAACCCGUCUCAUCCGGCACUCUAUCCGGACGUUUUCUUGGAUUAUAGUAACGCUGAAACGCUUUGGCAAAGAAUGCAUUCGACCUAUUCAGAUAUGAUAACGUACUUCAGGUGA